AUGUACGGCGGGCACGGAGGGUGGGUCCGCACCGACGGGAUGGGGAUGGCCGUCGACAUGGGCAUGGGCCGACCGAUGGGCGCCGCAGGGGGAUUGAGGCUCGGGGCUAUGGGCGGCGAUGCGGGCUGGUACGGGCGGCCUGCUGGCGGCUUCCCGGCGAGGCCGGGCGGCCGUGGGGCACCGGCGGGCGGCGGGCGUGCGGCGACCUUCACGGAGGGGAAACUGUUCCUCGGAGGGCUGGACAGCACCACGACGAAGGAGUCGCUGACGAUGUAUUGCUGCCGAUGGGGGGAACUAAUCGACGCCGUGGUGAUGGAGGGGCGAGGGUUUGGUUUUGUCACUUUUGAGGAUCCGAGGAACGCUCAGAACUUCUUGGAGCAUCGCAGUCACGUUAUCGAUGGAAAGGGUGUUGAGGCGAAAGCUGCUGUGCCCAAGGGCACGGGGGGAUCGAGCAACUUGACGAAGAAACUCUUUGUGGGGGGAACGGGAGAAUUGUCAGACGAAGACUUCAGGCUGCAUUUUGAGCGUUUUGGGGAGAUUCAGGACGCAGCGAUUGUCAGGCGAGCAGAUGGGGCAUCGAGAGGCUUUGGUUUUGUGACAUUCAGCAAUGAAAUGUCCGUGGAGAAAUGCCUCGUGCUGCACCAUGAACUGAAUGGCCGAAAGGUGGACCUGCGGCGUGCCGUUCCAAAGGACCAGAUGCCAAUGCCAGGAGGCUUUGGCAUGCCCAUGAGCAUGGGUAGCACAAGGGCUGGCUAUGGUCCCUUGGUAGCAUACGGGGGCACGGCCAUGAGCGAAAUGGCCGCCAUGGGGAGCCACAUUGGAGGCUACCAAAUGGGCGGCUACCCAAUGGGCGCCAUGCCACCAUACUUGCAGGGCUAUGACACAACAUUUGGUCCUCAGGUUCUCAAGCCCCACCGUUUUGCACCAUACUGA